CAUUAAAUUUGUAUUUAGCAACAUACCAACACUAUCCUUCCCUUUGUAAAAAUUGGAAUAUGAUACAUAAAGUAAUGUUGCAGUAGUGUUGCUGACAGUACAUUUCUAAGGCACAUUUUUAAUAUAGUUUCUCUUGUUUGUUGAUAUUUAAACUGUUCCACAUAAAUAUGGAUUUGUCAUUCACACUCUUUCUUCUAGUAUUGGCCUUUUCAUUCCAAUGUUCAUCAUCAUCAUCAUCAUCAUCAUCAUCAUCAUCAUCACUGAGAAAAGGUUCAUCCCUCUCAGUAGAAAAUCCAAAUGAUAAAAUCAUCUCACAUAAUGGCAUGUUCUCUGCUGGCUUUACUGCCAUUGGUGAAAAUGCUUAUUCCUUUGCCAUAUGGUUCACAGAACAAAAUUCUCUUAACAACACAAUCGUUUGGAUGGCAAAUCGCGAUCAACCCGUUAAUGGAAAACGAUCAAAACUCACCCUUUUAAACACAGGAAACAUUGUCUUGUUUGAUGUUUCUUUAAACAAUGUUUGGUCUUCAAACACAGCAUCAUUGAAACCAUUAGAGUUACAUCUCAAAAAUGAUGGAAAUCUUGUGUUGCGUGAGCUUCAAGGAACCAAAAUUUUGUGGCAGAGUUUUGAUUCUCCAACAGAUACUCUUCUUCCUGGUCAACCUCUUACAAGAUAUACAGAGCUUGUAGCUUCAAGAAGUGAGAGUAACUAUUCAACUGGCUUCUACAAGUUCUCCUUUGAUGAUUCAAAUGUUCUUGUUCUUCGUUAUGAUGGCCCGGAUAUUUCUAGCUCUUAUUGGCCAAAACCUUGGCUGCUAAUUUCGCAAACCGGCAGGGCUAGUUUCAAUGGUAGCAGAAUUGCAAUCUUGGACUAUUUCGGUAAUUUCCUUUCAUCAGAUAAUUUAACUUUUAUAACUUCUGAUUAUGGAACAAUUCUACCAAGAAGAAUGAAAAUGGAUCCUGAUGGUAAUGUUAGAGUAUAUAGCCGAACUAAUGUGUCGCAAAAUUGGUAUGUUUCCUGGCAAGCAAUUUAUGGUGCUUGUAUAGCUCAUGGGAUUUGUGGAGAUAAUAGUACAUGUAGUUAUAGUCCUAAGCAUGGAAGAAAAUGUUCUUGUAUUCCAGGUUAUAGAGUCAAGAAUCAUAGUGAUUGGUCUUAUGGUUGCGAACCUAUGUUCGAUUUUACUUGCAAUAGAAGCGAGUCUACCUUUUUAGGGAUGGUAAAUGUUGAGUUUUAUGGGUAUGACAUUCACUAUGUUGAAGUUAGUAACUAUAGUUCUUGUGAGAAAUUAUGCUUACAAGAUUGUAAUUGUAAAGGAUUUCAGCACGGUUUUGGAUCGGGAAAAGGCUUUUAUAAGUGUUAUACAAAAACACAAUUGAGAAAUGGAAGGCAUUCGCCAUUCUUUGUAGGAACAACAUACUUGAGAUUGCCUAAAGGUAAUAACUUUUCGAAACAAGAAACUUCCACUCCAGGUGACCAUAUUUGUCAAGUGAAACUUCAAAGAGUUUUCGUUAGUGCAAGCGAGAGUCAUUUUGUGAAGUUUUUUUUAUGGUUUGUCACCGCGAUUGGAGCUUUCGAGGUGGUCUUCAUUUUUGUCAUUUGGUGUUCCCUAUUAAGGACGCACCAAAAUACUAAUGCAGACCAACAGGGCUACCAUCUAGCGGAUAUUGGGUUCCGAAAAUUCAGUUACUUGGAGCUAAAGAAAGCAACAAAAGGGUUCAGUCAAGAGAUCGGAAGAGGCGGAGGAGGGGUUGUUUACAAAGGGAUAUUAUCUGAUGAAAGACAUGCUGCAAUAAAGAGACUUUACAAUGCUCAACAAGGAGGAGAAGGCGAGUUUCUCGCUGAAGUAGGCAUCAUUGGAAGGCUUAAUCACAUGAAUUUGAUUGAAAUGUGGGGAUAUUGUGCUGAGGGAAAAUAUAGAUUAUUGGUUUAUGAAUACAUGGAAAAUGGUUCUUUAGCUGACAAUUUGUCAUCUAAUAAACUUGAUUGGAGUAAAAGGUACAAAAUUGCUUUAGCAAUAGCAAGAGUUUUAGCAUAUCUACAUGAAGAAUGCUUGGAGUGGAUUUUACAUUGUGAUAUAAAGCCACAAAAUAUACUUCUUGAUUCUAACUUUCAACCCAAGUUAGCUGAUUUUGGAUUGUCUAAACUCCAAAACAGAAACAACCUCAACAAUUCAAGUGUGUCUAUGAUUAGAGGAACAAGAGGAUAUAUGGCUCCUGAGUGGAUUUUCAAUUUGCCCAUAACAUCUAAAGUGGAUGUUUAUAGCUAUGGAAUUGUUGUGUUGGAAAUGAUAACAGGAAAAAGUCCAACUACAUGUUUCAAAAUUGUUAAUGGAGAAGAGGAAAGUGAUGGAAGAUUGGUUACAUGGGUGAGAGAAAAAAGAGGCAGUAACAUAUUUUGGUUGGAGGAAAUUGUUGAUCCUAAUAUUGGAUUAAAUUAUGAUAAAAGUAAGAUGGAGAUUUUGGCUAAAGUUGCUUUGGAUUGUGUUGUGGAUGAAAGAGAUUCAAGGCCUACUAUGAGUGGAGUAGUUGAGAUGCUUCAAUUCCAUGGAAGUGAUGCUUAGUGAAGUACUAUGAUAAAAUUGUACCUGGUAUAUAUUUUAUUUUAUUGUCAUUUUCAAAAUAUCAGAGCUAAUAUGUGAAUAAUGUAUUAAGCUAUAUGUAAAUGAAAGAGAGUUAAAAGUUAACCAUUUGAGAUUGUGUCUACUAAAAAAUGCCAAGUUUAGCUUGUCAAGUUUACUAUGACAAGCACAUAUGGGUUAGUUUUUGUUUUUGGCUUUUCUUAAUACUACUAGUUUCUAUUUUGUUCCACUUUGUGAAUUGUCUUUAUCUCCCAUUAGGGUUUGAUUAUAUGGUUCUAUU